AUGAAUUUGGAGAAUGAAAAAAUAUAUUCUUCUGUUUAUGUUAAUGUUGAGUUAAUUUCAAUUGAAUGGAGAAAGGAGUGUUCUAUUAAUAAUAGAUGUACAAACCAAAGAUUUCAAUUAAGUAGUAAUAUUUUUGGAAGUCAUGAAUUUCAUAGAAUUGAUUAUUCUGUUUAUUCAAAAUAUACUACAAAAUCAAUUGUUCUUUAUUCAUAUUAUAAAAAUUUUCAUCCAUAUGAUUUAAUUAUUUCAUCAAAAGUAAUGGGAUAUGAUGAAUUUUUUAAAAUUCCAAUAGAUUGUGAUGAGAGUAUUCCCGUAUUUGCUUAUAAAAAUUUGCAACAAACCGGUAAAAAUGAUGAAGCAUUAUUGGUUCUUGUUGGUAAAUGUUAUACAGCUCAUGUUUCUGUAACAUAUUUUAUGGAUAAAAAAUGUUUAACAUGUAAUGUCAAUGAGGUAAAUAUUACUUCAUCUGCUUUAUCAUUAACAAAAUAUUUUGGUGAAGAUUAUAGUAGUUUGGCAAUGAUUUUAAUUAUACUUAUUAUUAUUUUUUCAAUAUCUUCUAUUAUUCUUAGUAUACUUAUUGCUUUUCAUUGCAAUAAAAUUAUAAAAUAUAGAAAAAUGAAAAAAUUAAUAUAUCCAAUAUCUCCUUUAACAAAUACAACAAUUAAUACAAAUUGUGACAAAGAAAAAAAUAUAUCUAAAAAUGAAAAAUUAGUUAGUAAUUCAUUGAUUGUUUCCAAGACUUGUCCAAAUAUUCAAAAUGAAGCUUAUUAUGUUAAUUAUCAAUCCAAUAAUCUUAAUCAUGAAAAUUUAUUACCAAAUAAGAAUGAAAAAAUGCAACUUAUUGAUAAUUGGAUUAUUUCCAAAAAUAAUGGUACAGUAUGCUUUUCUGACUAUGAAAGUUAUAAACAAAUAAGUUCUGAUAAUACUGAUAAUGAUAACAUAUCAACAGCCUCAACAUCAUUAUUUGGUGGUGUAUGUGGAUCAAAUCCUGAAAUUAUUGUAUAA